AUGGCGCCCAUCCGUCUGGCCAUCAUCGGCCUAUCCUCCUCGGCUGUGACCUCGUGGGCCAGUAGCGCUCAUCUCCCCUACCUCCUCUCAGCACGCGGUCGUGCCAAGUACAACAUUGUUGCCCUGUGUAAUUCGAGCGUCGAAUCAGCCAAGAAGGCCAUCCGUACCUACGGCCUCGACGUUGAAAAGACUCGGGCGUACGGUGACCCCGCAGCGCUUGCCGCUGAUCCUGACAUCGACCUCGUGCUUUGCUGCACACGAGUGGACACACAUCACCAUCUCAUCAAACCGAGUGUCGAAGCUGGAAAGGCGGCUUUUGUCGAAUGGCCACUGACACAUGAUGUGGUCCGCUCGCGGGAGCUGGCUGAUCUAGCAGCGAAGAAAGGCAUUCAUACAAUGGUAGGGUUGCAGGGGCGGCUAGCACCAGUGGUGCUGAAGUUGAAGGAGCUCUUGCACGGCGGCAGCCUGGGCAAGAUGCUCAGUAGUGAGAGGUUGACAUCGAUGAAAGUGUUCGACUAUGUCCAAUCUGUCAUUGGGCAAGCGGCCGAUACCCAUCCCCAACUUCAACUCCAACGUCCCAAAAUGAAGCUCCGCGACCCAGCUACAAACAACAUUGUCAAGACGGUCACAUCUGAUGUUCCAGAUCUGAUAACAGUCACGGGUUCACUGAGUGGCUCGGCAGUGGCGCAAGAGGGGGCGAGCCUGCUGGUUCGCUUCCGCCGUGGACAGCAAUUCAAGGGAGAGCCGGCUCUGACGUGGCAUAUCAACUGCGAGAAGGGAGAGGUCCGGCUCACGGCGCCCAGCGGAACGUCCCUGCACGCAAACUCGUAUUCUGAUCCGGUGACUAUCGAGGUGCAUGACUUUCACACAGAUGAGGUCCGCAAUGUAUCUUGGGAAUGGCCCGAGUGGGAAGAAGAAUUGAACCUGCCGAUUGUGGGGCGCAGCGUUGCUAAGCUGUACGAAGCCUUUCACGCGGAGACUGUCGAGGGAGGCCCACGGACAUAUCCGAACUUUUUAGAUGCAAUCGAGCGUCACGAGCAAUUGGCCAAACUUCUGGAAAGUUGGAGAACGGCUUGA